AUGUCAAUGAAUGAGGAUGCAAAGAGGAGAACAGAGAUGGUGAACAUGUCGAAGCAGCCUUGGUUUAACGCUGCCUAUAAGGCUGCAUUGACAUUUUAUGAAAAGGACAGUCAGUUGGAUUCCAAGGAUAGAUUAGAGUUAUCGAAGACAUACAAAAGCAUUGCUACUGCUCAGUUGUAUGGUGGAUGGCUAGGGUUCUCAGCAUCCUUCUUAACACCAUUUUUCUGGCAGUUUUACAAGACAAACAGUAUUAAGGGAGUUAAAGUACCUCGCAAUUUUAUUCUGAGUAUACUGGUAAUGAUGGGCAGUUCACACUUUUCAAGUAAUUAUGCUUAUAAGAAGAAAUUAAAUGAGUUGAAUCCCACUGGAACCUUCCAAAAUAGCAAUCUUUAUGGUGAUGAUUUGGGCAGCGAAACUGAUCAACCUGCUAAGAGUAAUGCUCAGAGACAGUGGGAAAUGAUGCAAGUUUUACGCAAUGGUGGCUCUACUAAAUGGGCAGCUUACUUUUACUUGACUUUUCAAAACCCAGAGAGACGUCUGCCUGAUCCUAAGGUGAAAUUUAAUGAAAUGAUUCAGGGCCAAGGGCAAAUGAGACCAGGUGGGCUCUUACAAAACAGAGAUAUACUGGGGUUGUAUACAGGACCUGAAGCUGAAAGGAGACGUAGAGAAGGAAUUACUGAGGGAAAACAGCAGGAGCAACCAUCUAAAUCAUCCUGGGAUUCUAUUCGUGAGGAGAACGGUGUGCCUGGUGGAGCUUCGUCAUCUAAUGGAUUAGGAUCUUCUUGGAACAAGCUAAGGGAGGGCAAUUUUUCACAGGAAAAGCCACGGGAUGAGCAAGAAUUUUCUAACGAUGAAAGUGAUCCUUUUGCUGUCGUAGAUCAUCCAUCUCAAUCAGAAUUUGAUACGAUGCUUGAGCGGGAAAGAAGAGGUGGCGAGGAUUGA